GCUAUACUAGGCCUGCGCAUGUAUUGUUGACAAUGAAUAUAGCGCACAUACGUAAUAAUUGACAUCGAAAACUAACUGGCAGGAGUAAAAUAUUUUGACGAAAAGACAGAUCGUGAAAAAGUUGUCAGAUAUGCCUCACAGCGUGAUAAGUGACUCUUCAACCAGCUCUGCCUCACGGCGAGCGAAGACCCGACAGUACUACACCGUCAGUAAGACAUCUCAAGUAGACGAAUCCUUGUUUGGAUCGAACAACAAGAAUGGCAGCAACAAGAACACACAACCUACAGAGAACACGGAGCCAAGGAGAGCCUCCGGAGGACGAAAUAAGAAGAAGCAGAAGGAAGAAGUUCAAGUCAUCACUAAAGAUCUGAUUCGUAAACUUGUAGUUGCUCAAGAGGACCCAUCAGGCCAGUCUGUGGUGUUACCGUUUGAUGAAUACCGUCGGAUCAUGGGCGCUGCUAGAACCAUGUCACAUGAAGAAAAGGUCGCUGACUUCAAGAGACGACAAGCAGACAAACAGAAACAACAGGAUGCUAGUAAUGAAAUCAAGCUUCACAUGCAAGCUUUAGACAGAAAGAGACAGAAGAACGAGAAGCUGACUGAUCUAGAAGAAGAAGCUAAAGAGCAGGGUGAAUACCUGUUAGCUAAAGCCAGGGAACAGCAAGAAGAACAGGAAGAUGAAAUCAAACACUUGAAUGAGCUGAUGCUAAACGCUAAAUGCCAUGCCAUCAGAGAUGCUCAAAUCUUAGAGAAAGGCAUCAUCAAGGAAGAGACGACAGACGAAGAGAAGAGACUGGAUGCAAUGAUGGAGGUUGAACGACAGAGGGCGCUGCUUCUACAAGAAGAGAUCGAGGAACAGAGAAAGGUCGAGAGAUAUGAGGGUAAAUCGAUGAUCCUGACUCAGAUUUCCCAGAGGGAGGAAGAGCGAUUGUUACAACAGGAGAAGAAAGACCAAGAAGCUCAACAGAUGCUCAAAUAUCUGGGAAAAUUACAGGUGGAAGAUUUGAAGGACCUUGACAGGAAGCGUCAGAUCCAGCUGGAGGCCCAGAAGGAGAUCGCUCGGUCCAACGAGGAGUCUGAGGAGCUGAAGAAAAAGAAGCAGGAGCAGGAGAAGCUAGCUGACCUCAAGGUCAAUGAGUACACCAAGCAGAAGGCUGAGAGGGAGGCAGCGUUUGAGGCUGAGCAGGAGAGGAUCAGGAUUGAGAAGGAGAAAGAGAUCGCCAGACUUAGAGCUAUGCAGGAGCGUGCUAAGGACUACCAGGCUGAGAAGGAUGCCCUGAGAGCCAAGCGUAACCAGGAGCAGAGGGAGCGGGAGUGGAGACAGAAGGAGAAGGAGGAGGUGAUCAUCAAGGCGGAGACAGAGUUCAUGCUCAAGGAGGCUAGAGAAGUCCAGGUCCAGAACAAGGAACACUUCCUUGCAGUCCAGGCCCAGAGGGAGAGGGCCGAGUUUGAGAGGGUACUCAGAGCACAGCAAGAAGCCAUGAACAAGGACAGGGCAGAAGAAGAAGAAACCAAGUACAACCGUCUCACUCAUGCUGAUGACGUCCGCAAACAGAUCCGCGAGAAGGAGCAGAUCCGUGUGUCGGAUAGAAACGCUUUCUUUGAAGAAGGAGUGAAGAUUAACGACGAAGCACGAGACAGGAGAGCUAAGCUAGAUGCCAUCAAAAAGAAGAAACUUGGUGAAUUAAGAGAUGCUGGUGUCCCUGAUAAGUACUGUGCCGAGGUGGAAAGGAAGACAAUGGCAGUCAAGCACUGAAAACACCCCUAAAAUCAUAAUGGAUUGGUCCAAACAUCUGUAUUAUUCCACACUGAUGAAACCUUCCAUAGUCAGAAUUUAGGGUCCUAGUUCAUCACGAUCUCAAGAUAAUUCCGUCCAGGAUCUAUUCAUUUGUGAAACUACAACACCAGUACCAUAAGACUCAUGAUAUACCACAAUUAGAUAUGGUCCAUUGUGCUUGUUCAUUUAUAUUACACAAGUUGCAGAGGUACUAUUUCUAGCAAAAUUCACAUUUCAAAGCUUUUGUGCAGAUUGUCAUCAAAGUAAAUGUUGCUAUUUGCUUAAAGAAUGUUAAUAUAUUUCUAUUGUAGGUAAACUUUCAUAGAGCUGUAUGUACCACAUGCAUGGUAUGUAGUUUUCACAAAUUAUAUGAGCUUUUAAUGACAUAGUGACGUGGUUUCAAACAAAUAAAUGGUACAGUGGUGUGCACAUUUGGCUUUGGUUUGAGUAAUUCCUUUUUGAGUAGACUUUUAUGACUUUGGAAUGUAUAGCAGAAAACAUAUGAAUGAAAUACUGUAUCGUCUUUUUAUCUAUUUUGUUGUGUAAUAAUGUAAGUGAGCUAUUUUGUAGAAUAGAGCAUUUGUAUUGAAUUAUUUAUCACUUCUUCUUACACAAGUAUUCAAUUCUGUAAUUCUUUGGUUUUCCACGAGAAGGUUGCUACUGCCAUUGAUAAUACUUAGGUCUUACUGCCACUUUGCAAGCAGCCAGUGAUAUGUACCUCAUAGCAGAGAACUGAAAAGAGACAAUUGUGUACCGACAGAAUCCUUCUCAUUGUCUCUUAGACAAUACAAUAUAGACAACAUGAUCAUUGUGGUACAUGGUGUUUGCAAUGUAAGUAUACAGGUUUGAAUGGUCAUCUUUAUUGAAAUUCUAUCGUUGUUUGUAAUUACUGUAUGCUGUAUCAAAAGAAAUUGUAUUUCUGACUAUUUCAGAAAUUGCGUCUUAUUUGUUACAUUUAUAUUAAAGCUAUUGAUAACCAGGACCAUGUGUAAUAAAACUUAUUAUCAAUAAAAUGUUACAAUGAUUGUUAUAAGCUACUGAAAUCUUGGCAUUUGUCUGGCUGAGAGCAUAUUUGUCAGAAAUGUAGCAUUUGUUAUUGAUGACAAGUUUUAUAAAACAUGGCCGUGGAUUCCUGGACCUUGACUUAUAACGAUUGGUGAUUGAUGUGAAUUAUGAAGAUGUUCUGGAGUAGCGGUUCAUUCACUCGACUUUCACUCCUAGGGUGGAGGCUUUGGCAAGGCAUUAAUCCACAUGUGCCACCCUCCACCCAGGUGUGGAUGGAUCUCUGGCAAUGGCAGGGGUACUAAUA